CCAAGAUUAAAAAUAAAAUGAAAUAUCCAACAAUAAUUUUCUUCCUAUUUGUCGCAUGUUUCACACUCAGAGUUGAGGCUGCCGAAUGGAUGGGCAUAUACCGGGAUGAGAAAUAUCCAGGCAAGUGCGCCAUUGAACCGUCUCUAAUAAUGGAAGAGGGUGAUAGUAUCAAGGAUCCCAGUGGGAAAUGCCGUCGGAUUACCUGUGGUUUGAAUGGCUUGACAACAUUCCAAAGCUGUGGCAUCUUUGAAUUACCACCCGAAUGUCGAUUCGGAGACUAUAUCAACAUCGAACAACCCUAUCCGCAUUGCUGUGAACGAAAAAUCAUUUGUAAUUGAAAUUUUCACAAACGACAUUUAAGCAAACUGUGCAGUAAAUUUUAGUUGUAUCACAAUA